AUGAACGUCACAAAACUGCUCGUACCACCACAAGACGGACCCCUGAGAAGCCGGUCGUCUGUAAGCGGCUCUAACCGCCUGCGAAUUACGUGCAACGCGGCUUCGCCAGGCGCGCAGCCCGCGGAAGACCCCUACCAGGUGCUGGGCGUGCGUCCCCUGGACUCAUUCGAUGCCAUCAAGAUGGCGCACAGGAAGAAGCUGCGGGACGCGGAGGGCAAGGGGGACGAGGCGGAGAUAGAGCGGAUCGACAGGGCAUAUGACGCAAUAAUGAUGCGCCAGCUCACCAUGCGCAAGAAGGGCGUCACAUUCGGUUCCCUCGAGGUCUCGAAAGACAUCAAGUUUGCCGACCAGACAAACUUCCUUCCGUGGCUGCCGCGCUACGAGAAGGCGGAGAACAAGAGCAUCCUCAUCAACGCUGCUGUCUCUGCUGUUAUGGCGGUGUGGAUGGUGGGGGCGCAGAGCACGGAUUGGAAGAUCCUGCAGUUCCUCCUCUCCUUCUACAUCUUCCAGCUCUUCAUGAAACUCGACCCCUUCUACCCGCAAAACACUGAGGAGGGGGAGAAGAGAUGGCAGAGGAACGGGCGACGACUGACACGUGCGAUGGGCCUCGUUUUCGGUGUCAUUGCUCUUGCCUCUUUGGUUCACACGCUCGUAAUCAAGGCCUAUUCCCUCGCUGGGAUGUAUGUUCCACGAGCGCUUUACACCUUUCAGGAAACUUUUAUCACUUUGUUUACAAGCGUCAGUUUCCAUGAAGAACGUCAAGUAGCCCUUAGCACUCUAUUUUCCUUCUUCUACAUUAGUUGGGGAGGGGAACCAUGGCGGAGGCAUCAGAGCGCGCACCGGGGAACCCGUGGCUGCACGUGCGACGAGAACCGCGCCUCGACCACCUCCCCGACUCGCGACGGCUCGCAAGAGCCACGUGUCACAUGCGAGGCGAUAGAAUCGUGCCUCAAGCUUUCCAAAGACCAAGCGCGGCUCGUUCUAGACACGCUAGCGUCCGUUCUCCCCACCGGCAGCGAAGACAUCGACUCGCUGUCCGACGCGUCGCCGUCAGAUGCGGCGAAGAUCGGAACGGACGUGGACCUCUUGCUGCUCUUCCUCUUCCUGCAGCGGUAUCGCCGCGUUCCCAACCGCUCGUCGCGCGACGCUGCUGUGCUCGCGGAUGUGUGGCCGCAGGGGCCGUCGCCGUUCGACUCGGUCUCCCCUACCGCGACCUCUGCGCUCCAGAUAAAGACAAGCCUGGCCACCCGGCAGCGGUUCCAAACGGGGCAUGCGGAGGAGGAGCAGCAGCAGCUGACGUUUCUGCAGAAGAACCUUCCAGCCAUUCUUCAGCUGCUGGCGGAACAUGGCUCUGACGCUGCUGGUGGUAGUGGCGACGGCACGGAACCCGGCACACAGGUCAUUUCCAUUGACAAGUUUGAACUGCUCGGUCUCUUUCUUCGGGUUAACCGACCCGGAGUCCCCUCCCUCCUCCUCUCCCAAGUCGCUCCCUUCUUUGCCGAAGCUGACGCUGCCAUGCCUCCCGCGCCCGUACCUCUCUCCGUGGCUCAAGACUGGCUCGGCCCGAGGCUCUGCUGCACGUCCGACCACGGCCCGGACCUAAGGCCGCAGUCCCCCUCCCGCCCCGCCAAGGUCCCCGCGGAUAGGGGCGGCGAUUCCGCCGCGUCCCCCACCAAAAGCGGAGAUACACCCAUGGGGGAAGGGGGAGCAGCGGGGGGAAGCGGGGCAGGCGCAGGGGGGGAGGUUCAGGUAUCGCCUAGAGGGGCCGCGGCCAAUGGGGCGAUGACAGGUGGCGUGCUGUCGCGGCGUGUGUGGGCGGCGGCAGGGAUGACGACCGUUGAUGGGGUUGCAAAGAUGUCGGUUCUCAAGGGGGAGACGGAGGUGGAUAGUAGCUGCGUGCGGGUGGCGCACUGUCACGACAGUGUGAUCUACGUACUCGCUCCGCUCAAGUACGCCUCCGUUAUUGGCUGCUCCGACUCCAUUGUGGUGCUGGGCGCUGUUGGCAAGGUGGUGCGGGUGGAAGCCUGUGAACGCCUGACCCUCAUCGCUCCCUGUGCGCGCAUCCGCAUAGCCAACUGCCGCGAGUGCGUGUUCUACCUCGGCUGCAACUCCCGCCCCGUCAUUCUCGGCGACAACCACUCCCUGCAGAUCGCCCCUUACAACACCUUCUACCCCCGCCUCGAUUACCACCUCGCAAAGGUCGGGUUUGUGCCGUUUGUGGUUCCGUUCCGGACGCAGCAGGAGCAGCCGGGAGGAGGGGGCGCCAGUCCGCUGCUGCAGCAGGCCACGCGGGCCAACCCAUUUGCUCUGCCCAAGACAUACCUCAUUGCGCUGCAGCACAAGACCAAGACGGUGGAGAGUCUUCGUCAAACGCUCAAGACAGCGGUGCUGGACGAGGGGCGGAAGAGGGAGUUGACGAACGUCAUCCAGGCUCACUUCAAGGAGUGGCUGCUCACAUCGGGCAACAUUCGGCAGGUGUACGAUCUUGCACGUCUUGACAGAGACCCGUAG